CUACUUCACAGCCGAGGGCAUUUGAAACGGCGUUGCUGGAAUCGUCAAACACGUCGGCUAAUGCCACCGGCUCCCACCGAUGUCGAUGACGAGAAACUUGCAUUGACAACCACCGCCAAAGCAACUCCAGCAACGAGCAUGGAGGCGCCACAGCCCAGCACGGCAGUGCCCUCUAGCAGCGGAGAGACCACCGAUGCUGAGACUCCUUUCGUGAUGCCUUCCUGCUCGGACGACUACUGCAGCGGCCGUGGCUCGUGCGAGGAGGAAGACGACGGCCUGCCCUUUUGCACCUGCCGCUGGGGUUACCGUGGGCCACACUGCCAGUUCUUCAUGGUGCAGGCGAUCGGCGUGAAGGCGGCCCUUGGCUGCGCGACGGUCAUCGGCGUCCUCGUCUUGGCCAUGGUGGUGGUGGUCGUGAUCCGCAGACGGCGCCGGAGGAGGCUAGAAAGGCACGCGCCCGAGCGGGCAGAAGUCACGUUUACCGCGGAGCCCAAGGAGACCGCCGGACAGGAGAUGUCGCUCAUCGGAGAUGGGCACAGCGAGAGCCUCGGCGACCCGAGCACCGAUGCACAAGGCCAGGACUCCACGGAAGUCGUCUGAAGCAGGAGCCCAGUUCCGUGUCGUUUGCUCCUCCUGUUUGGAAGCAACUUGCAGGCAACCCCUAGUCCCCUUGUA